GCUACCCACUUUCUAGUUAGUUUAAUCACAUUUUCUACCUUGUUAUCGGCGGUUUUUCCAUUACAUACGAAAGAAUCAACCGAUAAUCAACCUCCCCGUAGACAUUUCUUGAGAACUUCAACUGAUUCUCAAGGAGCAACAACCGUUACACUUAAACAUGUUUAUCAUCACGGGUCGUCUCGUUUUCCUAAUCUCAUACGCCGUAAAGACUUCAAUGAAGAUUCCUUACGUGCGCAAGAGCUUGCUUCUGGCAUGACGUUUACUCACACUGUCAAGGCAAUCAACGGCACAAAUGUCAAACCUUCGAAUAAACAUACUGUAGAAGAAUUCCAAGAAAAAUCCAAAAAUGAACAAAUCUCAUUGAUUAUGGAUUGGGAGGACACGCCUAUGUUGUUACCCCAUGUAGAAGAUUGGGAAACUGUGAUCAGUUUGGCAAAAAUGACCUAUAACGCUUACACUGAGAUUACCGAUGGAGACUGGUACGAGUUGGGUGAAAAUUAUGGACAUGUUUUUGGUGAUGCUAAUAAUGACUUGUUGAUCAUUUCAAUAAAAGGCACUAGUAUGGGUUUUGGUGCUGGACCAACCGUACCCAAUGAUAAAGUUAUUUCUGAUGAAUAUCCAAAGGCUAAAGUUUGGUUAACUGGACAUUCUCUUGGUGGUGCACUUUCUGGUUUGAUUGGACUUACCUAUGGCAUACCUGUAGUCGCAUUUGAAUCACCUGGUGAAAGAUUACCAGCCCGAAGACUACAUUUACCAGGUCCUCCUGCUAUUCCAUAUGACAAAAUGAAUAUCUGGCAUAUAGGACAUUCGGCUGAUCCUAUUUUCAUGGGCAUGGAAACUAAGUGUCAUCUUGGAAAGUCAAGCAUGUUUGAUGUAAUUGGAAAAUAUAAAUGGCAUCUUAAUAUACAAAAUCAUCGUAUUAGAGUUGUUAUUGAUUCUAUUUUGACUAAAUGGGAAUGGGAUUUUCCAGAGUAUGCUGUUGAGAAAGAUUGUGAAGAUUGUGGUGUCUGGAAUUUCAUUGAAAAUACGAACACUCAAUAG